GAGACGGCAACCGGGAGAGAGAAGAUACGGCACCGGGAGUGAGACAGUCACUGAGGAGAGAGAAGAGACGGCACAGGGAGUGAGACAGUCACUGAGGAGAGAGAAGAGACGGCACAGGGAGUGAGACAGUCACUGAGGAGAGAGAAGAGACGGCACAGGGAGUGAGACAGUCACUGAGGAGAGAGAAGAGACGGCACAGGGAGUGAGACAGUCACUGAGGAGAGAGAAGAGACGGCACAGGGAGUGAGACAGUCACUGAGGAGAGAGAAGAGACGGCACAGGGAGUGAGACAGUCACUGAGGAGAGAGAAGAGACGGCACAGGGAGUGAGACAGUCACUGAAGAGUGAGAUCUGAGAAGAGACGGCAACCGGGAGAGACGUGAGGAGAGGGGAGAGACGUGAGGAGAGAGAAGAGACGGCACCGGGAGAGAGAGACAGUCACUGAGGAGAGAGAAGAGACGGCACCGGAGAGACGUGAGGGGAGAGAGACAGUCACUGAGGAGAAAAAAGAGACUGCAACGGAGAGAGAUGGCAACCGAGAGAGACAGUCACUGAGGAGAAAGAAGAGACUGCAACCGGGAGAGACGUUAGGGGAGAUAGACGGCAACCGGGAGAGAGACAGUCACUGAGGAGAGAGUAGAGACUGCACGGGAAGUGAGACAAGACAGUCACUGAGGAGAGAGACAGUCACUGAGGAAGGACGGCACCAGGAGAGCGAGAGAGACAGACAGUCACUGAAGAGUGAGAUCUGAGAAUAGACGGCAACCGGGAGAGACGUGAGGGGAAGAAACUACAUUGAGAACAUACUGAGGAGAGAGACCGCAGAGGAAGAGACGGUCACUGAGGACAGAGAUCACAGAGGAAGAGACGGUCACUGAGGGGAGAGAUCGCACAGGAAGAGACGGUCACUGAGGGGAGAGACCGCACAGGAAGAGACGGUCACUGAGGGGAGAGACCGCACAGGAAGAGACGGUCACUGAGGGGAGAGACCGCACAGGAAGAGACGGUCACUGAGGGGAGAGACCGCACAGGAAGAGACGGUCACUGAGGGGAGAGACCGCACAGGAAGAGACGGUCACUGAGGGGAGAGACCGCACAGGAAGAGACGGUCACUGAGGGGAGAGACCGCACAGGAAGAGACGGUCAUCGAGAGAUAUAGACACAGAGCGGAGAUAUAGACUCCUCACCUUAGUGACUGAGACCACCAUUGGAGACAGAUGGAGCAGAUAUCCACCUCUACCCCUGGAGACAGCAGAUAGAGGAGACUGCUCCUAAUGACCUCCAUGAUCCCGUCUUCCUCGGUGGUUUUGUGCCUUCCAGCAUUGGGGACAAGUCAUGCCAGUGCCAGGAGAUGAGAUGGGCGAUACUCUGAUAACUCGCACACCUAUUCCCAUCCCAGCCUAUUUCAGCCAGGCAGAGCAGAGCUUCUCACACAAGAAGAGGGGUCGACCCCUCUGCUACACUCUUCCUCCACGGCCACCGGUGAAGAGCAUACCGCCGAUUAGCCGCAUCUUUCCUAAUAAGCAGCGCUCCUGGAGCCAACCACGCCCACAAAGCGUGUCUUUCAGAAGCCCCAAACAUAAGCAGCCGGUCAGCCGACUCUAUGACCACAGCAAGGAGGAGACCCUUUUCAAGCAAUGUUUCCAGACUCUCUGCAAACUUGGAAGGGGUUCUUUUGGGGAAGUGUAUAAGGUGCGGAGUCGUGAGGAUGGCUGCGUGUAUGCCGUGAAGCGCUCCGUGUCACCGUUCCGUGGUGAAUCUGACCGUCUCCACAAGCUCCAGGAGGUGAGGAAACAUGAACGUGUCGGGGAGCACCCGAACUGCCUACGUUUUAUACGGGCCUGGGAGGAGAAGCGGCUGCUGUAUCUGCAGACGGAGCUGUGUGUUUGUAGCCUGCAGCAGCAUUCGGAGGAGUUGGGGGAACCUCUGCCACCACAGCAGAUAUGGAAUAUAACCUGUGACCUUCUCCGCGGCCUCAAACAUCUCCAUGACCGAAACCUGCUACAUCUGGACAUCAAGCCAGCCAAUGUGUUCAUUUCCUUUUCUGGGGUCUACAAGCUGGGGGACUUUGGUCUCAUGGUGGAGCUGGAUGGAGCAGAAGGAAGUGCAGAGGCCCAGGAGGGAGACCCACGGUACAUGGCUCCAGAGCUGCUGGAUGGGGUCUUUACAAAGGCUGCAGAUGUGUUCAGCCUCGGGAUGACGCUGCUAGAAGUUGCUUGUAACAUGGAGGUCCCUAAAGGUGGUGAAGGCUGGCAGCAGCUACGGCAGGGUCACCUCCCAACAGAGUUCACUUCAGAAUUACCCCCAGAUUUCUUGAAGGUGCUAUCUGCAAUGUUGGAGCCAGAUUAUCGAUGCCGGGCUACUGUGGACUGGCUGCUCUCUUUUCCUGCCAUCGGUAGGGCUGAGAGAUGGAGGAAGGUGACCCUAACUACAAGAGGAGUCCUUACUAAGAUAAUGGGCAUAUUCCAGUUUUUCCUGUGGCUCGUGACCCUGCUGUUCUAUACCCUGAAGCGUCCUGUGAUGCGGCUUUUAUGCUGGAAGUCAAACGCUGCUGUGGGCUCUCCACCUUUGUCCCCAUCCCAAAACCGUUGCUUAGAAAGCAGCUUAUCGAGUGACUGGGAGGAUGAAAGUCUUGGGGAUGAUGUCUUUGAAGUGCCACUGAGUCCCCUGGGCUUCUCCAGAAAUAUCACCUACCAUGGACAGGAAUUCCCUCUCAGACAUUCUCCAGACCUGUUGUCUCGUCCAUCUCUGGGGAGCACGUCCACCCCCCGUAAUCUGUCCCCGGAGUACACGCUGAGGCAGAGGUCAGCUCUGCCCCUGACCCCCAAUGUGAGCCGGAUUAGCCAGGACUCUCCGUGUAGUGUGAAGUCGCUGAGCCUGGAAAGCAGCGGAAAUUCCUCUGGGUUUGUGGACGCAGAAGCUCCACGUUCUUCUUUUCUACCUCGUAACCUCAUCACUAUGUUUGAUGAGGCGUCUGAGCAGUAAAUACUUCAUCAGACAUUUCCUCAGUAUGUUCUGCAGGUUUGAGAAUGAAGAAGUUGCUGCACCUUGCCCGGGUGCCUUGUUAAGUCUCCUUUGGGUGGUGUCUUAUAUAAAAGGUAUAGGCUCCAUUGUCUUGAGCUGUGACCUGGAUGUGAAAGGCCAGUAAAGCCCCGUAACAGCUGAAGGUCUGACACGGAGCCCCAUUAGAUUUUCCUCCUUAUGCUGGAUGUGUGGGGCUGAAGAUUAUAAUAUCCGUUGAUGACCUCACUUCUGAUCAUAUUAGACAGAACGGUGGAGGAUUCAUUAACAACCAUUCUGGUGACUUUGCUUUUUGUUCUUUGGUGUGAGAAAAUGUAUCUCCAGAUUUAUUGCAACGUUUAUAUUGAUUGUAUUGUAACAGCAUCUGUAAGGACAGUAAACUCCUCUCUGUUCCUAAGUGACUGUGUCGCCUCCUUGCUGUGGAGGUUUGUAAAGUUACUUUUGGGAAAUCUGUAUAUUUAUAGCACGCGUGCAAGUUUUCAUAAAAGAUUUUUAUUAUUGCAUUAGUAAUACUGGCCUCGUGCAAAGCCCUGUCUGUACGCUCCAGCCAUCCCAGGAGGAGCAGGUAAAGGCUCCUUAAUCUAGAAGAGGUGUAAGGCAACUAUUCCUCCUGGGCACACAAGGAUAGGAAACUACAGGCUCAUCUGAUGCUAAGUUCUUCUGUCAAAAAGCGGAGUUUGAUAUUUGAUGUCUGUGGGGUCUAAUAUAAGUGACUCAUAUACUGAUCUGUAUAGACUGGGGGUUCUUGUAGCUGCCGUCUCUCUGGACAAAGUAAAUCUAACUUAUACACGUCUGCUUUCGACCCAUUCUUUAUUUUGAGGACCUGUGUGACUACAUAUUGUACAAUUCCUCCAUGUCCUGUCUGUAUCACUCUCCUUCCUGGCACAAAUCACAUAUGCAUGUAAGAGACCAUAGAUGUAGGGGGAAGCAAUACAGGCAGAACAGAUAUCUGCAGUCAGUGGUAUAUUUAUGGCCUAUCUGAGGUGUAAUACUGAUAUGGUAAUGCAUCCCUGGAUAUUCCUGGUAAUUGUAGUCCUUACAGAAGUAAAUAAAUACCUUCUAGAUAAAAGUUCUAUUUCAAGUUUUAGGUUUGCUGGUUGAGGCUGGCUACAUCUACGUCUCCAUGUGGUCGUAUCUGUCAAUGCA